AUGCAGAAACGGGUGUCAACAAAUCCUAGGGAUAGAAUCGCAGGUUUAGCGUACCUUGUUGACACAGUGGCUAUCCCGACAUAUGACACCACACAAUCGGAAGAAGACGCUUGGCUGGCCCUCAUCAAUGCCAUGUCAUUCAAGUCUCGAGCGGAGCUGCUCUUCCUAUACCCUAAACCUGGGAAUGGAAAGAAACAUUGGCAACCUUCAUGGGAGCAGGUGAUGACAGAAAUGCCCCUGCGUCAUGACGAAUUAGGAGCACGGAUUUUUCGGAAGGACGAAACUGAUGACGACUGCGUGUGUUAUUCCAACGUUAUCAACUCUGACGAAGUACGGGGACUUGCCAAAGAAUCAAAAGGUGGCCCUCGACAGGGAGAGCUGAUUAUCGAAAAGGGCACUUCAACUAGGAGAUCCUGUCCUCUGGAGAUCAUCGCUGACCAUGGAUAUCCAAUACCGGAUGGCUCUUAUACACUCCUAGCCAGCAAAGGAUACAGCCAUUGGGUCAUUGGAGAAAUGCAGGAGGGCAAGUUUAAGAAACGGUCAGUGUUUCGCAUGGCGGACGAUAGUGAAAGAGAGAUGCUUGAGGUCCUUGGAGUUGGGGAAUACGGUGACAUAUCUCUAUGCUGA